AUGGGGAACCAGCCGUCGCGGUCAACGACCCCCACGAGCAACCCGCAGUCGCCCAGCGUGACGUCGUCACAUGCUCCGGCGCCGCUUCACCAUGACAGAUCCGUCCACGCUCAGACGGCGGCGGCGAAUCCGCGCCGGCGAGAGUCGAUCCAGGCCCUGAGCACCGUCAAGGCGAGCGCCGCCCCGCCGUCCGCGAGCCUCGAAAGCGCCGCCGCCCUCACGUCCUCGGGCCGCCCGCACAGUCGCGGCCGCUCGCAGACCGUCGCCUCCAGCACCGCCGCCCACGUCGCCCACCAGCUGCGCGCCGCCCAGGACUACCUCAAGUCGGCGUCCGACGAGAAGAUGGGCAACGAGCAGAGCCGCCAGAAGGCGCCCGCCCGCGACCUCACCCCGCCCAAGCCCAAGCAGCCCGCCGACAAGGACAGGCCGUCGCCGUCGCCCGUGACGAAGCCCGUCGACGUGCCCGCAGUGCCGCGCGACGACACCCAGGCCAGCCGCACAGAGGCCGCUUCGUCCAUCGACCCCGCCGACGCGUCGCAGGAGAACUACAUCGUGCCCUCGUCCCACUACAGCCGCCCGCCCCGCCUGCCGCUGCCCAUCGAGGAGGAGCCGCACACGCCGGGCUCGCCCAUCAUCUCCCCCGCCGACCUUGCCAGCCCCAUCGACCAUGGCGAGAUCGAGGGCGCCCUCCCGCGGCGCUCCUCCAUGCUCAGCAGCACGACCGCCGACGACGACGACCUCGGCGACGAGUUCAAGGGCCCGCAAGGCCAGCCCACGGUGCCGACGCUGAUUGAGUGGGAGGGCCCCGGCGAGCGCGUAUACGUCACAGGCACAUUCGCAGGGUGGAACCGGAAGUACAGGCUGCAUCGAAAUGGCCCGAGCAAGAAGAAAGACGCCCUCUCCGCCUACGUCCACAUUACGCCCGGCACCCAUCAUCUCAUGUUCAUCGUGGACAACGAUAUGCGGACGUCCGACAAACUGCCGACGGCGGUAGAUUACACAAACAUCCUUGUCAAUUACCUCGAAGUGUCUUACGACGACGUUCCUGGGCGAGAAACCGACGCCUCGGAUGGGAGCAAGACGGCAGAGCCCACUCCUGUGCAAGAACUGCCCGCGCCGCCUGGCAUCUACCCGCCGCAAGUGCUACCACCAACGCCAGAGCUACAGCCAGUAAAACCCGUAACCGUACCAGAACCGCCGAAGCCGAAAGUGCCUCCGCCAUCUCCGAAGAAGUAUCAUUCGAGCAUUCCUCGCUAUCUCCUCGACCUGGACGCACCAGAGGAAUCGAGGCGCUUCGCACGUGCAAAUGCAGCCGCUUCCAAUUUGCCUACCCCGCCAACCCUUCCCAUGUUCCUUAGUAAGAGCAUCUUGAACGGUACGACGCCGAUGAAGGACGACAGCAGCGUGCUGAUCAUGCCGAAUCACACGGUGCUGAACCAUUUGGCCACGAGCAGCAUCAAGGAUAACAUCCUUGCGACUAGUGCGACGACGCGGUAUAAGCAGAAGUUCCUCACGACGAUCAUGUACAAAUCCAAGAACGAGGAUCCAGACCGCGACCACUCAGGCUUUUAG